GAGAGUUUGUCUGAUUUUUACGUGAUUGUUGCAGACGCUGGACUUCGACAGAGAUGGUCUGACGAAGCUGAAGAAAGCGAUCAAAGCCAUCCACAACUCCGGAAACGCUCACGUCGAUAAUGAAGUGUACCUUGGGAGGGCACUGGAGAGGCUCGGGGAUGCCGCCCUGAAAGAACAGGAACCGGAUAUCGGCGCUGCUUUCCUAAAAUUUGCAGUCGUCACGAAGGAAUUGAGUGCUCUGAUGAAAACUCUGAUGCAGAACAUCAACAACAUCGUAAUGUUUCCACUGGACUCGGUGCUGAAGGGGGAUCUACGAGGUGUGAAAGGCGACUUGAAAAGGCCGUUCGAAAAGGCGUGGAAAGACUACGAGGCGAAGUACGCGAAAAUCGAAAAGGAGAAGAAGCAACACGCGAAGGAGGCUGGCCUCAUUCGAACGGAAGUGACGCCGGCUGAAAUCGCCGACGAGAUGGAGAAAGAGAGACGAUUGUUUCAAUUGCAAAUGUGCGAGUAUCUCAUAAAAGUGAACGAGAUCAAAACGAAGAAAGGAAUUGAACUGCUGCAGCAUCUAGUCGAAUAUUAUCAUGCACAAACCAAUUACUUUCAAGACGGCCUAAAGACCAUCGAACACUUUGGCUCAUACGUGGCGGACCUCAGCGUGAAAUUACAAAAGAUCAGGCAGACGCAAGACGAAGAGAGAAGACGACUAACAGAACUGAGGAAUCUCCUUAGGAGUUCAGGUUGCGACAAAGAGUUAAACGUAAACGCGAAUGCGGGAUAUUCGCUUCAUCAGCUUCAGGGUGAUAAACAGCAUGGCGUUACCAGAUCCGGGCAUCUUUUGAAAAAAAGCGAAGGAAAAAUGAGAAGAGUUUGGCAAAAGAGGCGCUGCGCGGUUCAAGCGGAAGGUUACCUAGAUAUUUGCCACGCAGACGAAAAUAAACCGCCAACGAGAGUGAAUUUAUUAACCUGUCAAAUCAAACUGGUGCCGGAUGACAAACGGGGUUUCGAUCUCAUUAGUUACAACAGAACGUAUCAUUUUCAAGCUGAAGACGAGGCAGAUCAGCGUGCGUGGAUGUCCGUUCUAGUAAACUGCAAGGAACGUGCAUUACUUCGAGCAUUCGACGCCAGUGGUAAGGCAGAGGCUGGCACAGGAAAUCCAAGUUUAGUCGAACUUCAACAAGCUGUAAUACGAUGUGUCAUGAGGUUACCUGGAAAUGAUCAAUGCUGCGAUUGCUCCUCGCAAAAUGAUGCUACAUGGCUCUCUACAAAUUUUGGCAUAAUCGUGUGCAUAGAGUGUAGUGGAAUUCAUCGAGAUCUAGGAGUGCAUAUAUCCAGAAUACAGUCCUUAACGUUGGACAAUGUUGGCACUGCUCAGUUACUUCUUGCACGACAUAUGACCAAUCAGGCAUUUAACGAAGUGAUGGAAGCUACGCUGCAUCAUAAUCACAAGCCAACGCCAACCUCGACAAUGGAAGAAAGAUACGAAUUUAUAAGAGCCAAGUAUGUCGAUAAGAGAUACGUGAUGAAUACUUGCGCAGAUGAACGAGAUCUUCUUUCUGACUUGGAGCAUGCUGUUAAUAAUCGUGACUUGCAACAACUUUUGCAAGUCUAUGCGGAAAAUGUAGAUUUAGCAGCGCCAUUGCCAACAUCGGAUGUGGGCGAAACGGCUUUGCAUUUGGCAAUUCUACGCGAAAUGGGAAACAGUUUGCACAUCAUAGAUUUCCUAAUACAAAACAUGUCGACGGGUGGUAUAGAUAGGACCACCAUUGACGGAGAGACAGCAUUGCAUCUUUGUGCACGACACGACAGAGCAGAGGCAAUGAAGCUACUGUUACGAGCAGGCGCCGAUCCAACGCAUCGAAAUAAGCAGGAUAAAACACCGCUUGACAUUGCCCAAGAAAUGGGACACCAUACAUGUAAAGAGCUGUUGAGUCAUGCUCUGCAAAGACAAAAGACGUUGUUCGACAAUGUUAAUAUCGACUGGAAUCUCUCGCAUGACGAAGGGUCUACUGAUUUUUCUGACGAUGAAACGAUAAUAGAAGACAGGAAUGGCUGUUUAACACCCGAGAAGAAGUCACGCAGCAGGCCACCUUCUUACGUAGGUGGUGGUGGUAGCGGUGGUGGUACCGGGUCAGGAGACUCGCCAGUGACCUUACGCAGUCGAAGUAGCACUUGCGACAGCCUGCAAAGCGGUUCUUCACCAAGUUCCUCGACAAACAGACAGCAAAUGCCUCCACCACCACCGCCUCAGUCGAGGAAACCGGUUGCUGUACCUGCUCCCAUGGCUCCAGAUAUAACGGUCAAUAUUCAUGGGUCAUUGAAGAAGCGCGUAGCACCACCACCACCACCGGCCGGAAGUACAGGUGGUAUACCUUCCUCUCAUUACGGUACACUACCUUCGUCCGCGUCCUUAGCAGCGUCAACGCAUAGCCGUACAACGAGCGAACCGAUCUUAGCUGGGCAUUCUUUACAUACUCUACCACAUGCGUUAAAUACAUUAAACAGUCAGCAUCAUAAAAGAUCGCCCAGUGGAGAUUCUUCAACGGGACACGGUGCGGACAAAGUGAACAGCUCAACGCUGCAGAGACCGAGGAACCCACCGCCGCCAGCUCCAUCCGGUAUCAACUCCUCGAGAUUGAGCAACGGACGUAGCAGCGAAUCGUUGAGUUCUAUGUGUUCGGAUCACGGUUUGGGUAAUCCCGUUCCACCUCCGCGCAAGCGAAGGGACCGGGCCAGGCUAGAGAGCUACGCAGAGGAGCCUUCAUCUUUGCUCCCAAAUCUGAAUCUGGUAAACAUCAGCCAUCCCACAUUACUGCUUGCUACACUUGAAAUGUCUCUUAUCAGUCGUAUGCGAUACUUUAAUGUAAAAAGAUUAAUUUAAAAAGUAAAAAAUUCGUGCGAGAAGCAAGUUUAAUUGCAAUAAUAAAAAGCUAUAAAUUAACACAGUGUGCCACUAUACUGUCACUUUGUUCUUUUUUUUUUUUUUUCUUUCUUACCUAUUUCGUUCAAUUUUUUUGCUUUAUCUGCAUAUCUGAAUUAUGUUUGUCGAUAAUAUUGC